CUGAUAAUGUGGAAAGGUGGGGGCUGGUGAUGGCCUUUCCUUCAAUUUUUAUAUAACAGGAAAACGUCCAUGGCCACAUAAUAAUCCAAUUAAAGUAAUAAUUAUUAUAUAGUACGAUACACAUUUGUUAAAUGUUUUUAUAUUAACGUUAAAACCCAAGUGACUCAACUAUCCAUUUAUCUUUGCCUCCCACGAAAUCCAAUUAUUCUCAGAUGUAUCACAAAACAACACCCAACAAAAACAUGGAGAAGAAAACAUGGCCUUUUUCAUUACCAUCUUCAGCUUCAUUCACUUUAAUACUACUCCUACUACUACUUAGUACUACUAAUUUCAAAGCCGCAGCAUCAUCAAACCCCGGAAAUGGAAUAAUAUGCUACAAGUCGAUCAUUAGUUUCGGAGAUUCCCUGGCGGAUACCGGCAACUUGCUCCGCCUUUCUUCAUCCAACAAACCACCACCCCAUUUCUUCCGACCACCUUACGGUGAAAGCUAUUUCCAUCACCCCACCGGUCGUUGUUCCGAUGGCCGUCUCGUCGUUGACUUUAUUGCUGAGAGUUUGGACCUUCCAUUGUUACCACCAUAUCUUGCGGGGAAAGAUGCUGUUUAUCAUAGUUUGGAUGAUUUUAAAGGCGUGAAUUUUGCGGUGGCGGGUGCCACGGCGCUUGAUGAUUCAUUUUUCCGGGAAAAGGGAAUUCAUAAUCCUUUCACGAAUAUUUCUUUGGGAAUCCAAUUGGGAUGGUUCAAAGAUAUGCUGCACUCGCUUUGCCAGAUUAAUUCUUCAGGCUGCCAAGAAAUGGCUCGAAGCUCGCUAUUCCUGGUGGGAGAGAUUGGCGGGAAUGACUACAACCAUCCACUUCUUCUAGGACUAGAUAUUGAAGCCACAAGAAGCUUUGUUACUCCCGUUAUUCGUACCAUAGGUUCAGCUAUUGAGGAACUGAUCGAGCUUGGAGCAGUAACUUUAGUGGUUCCAGGAAACUUUCCAAUCGGAUGUUCAGCAGCUUAUCUGACUCAAUUUCGAAGUCCUAAUCCAGAGGACUAUGAUACAGCAGGAUGCCUUAAGUGGUUGAACAACUUUUCAAAGUACCAUAACAAAAUGCUUCAGUUAGAGCUUAAUCGUAUCAGGCAACUUCAUCCUCACACAACCAUCAUCUAUGCCGAUUACUACAAUGCUGCAAUGAGGAUGUACCGAUUCCCACAAAAAUACGGAUUUGCGAGAACGCUAUCGGCUUGUUGUGGAGGUGGAGGGGCUUACAACUACAAUCCCUCAGUAGUUUGUGGGAAUAGUAACGAGACAUCAACCAGUUGUGAUGAUCCGUCACGGAAUAUAUGUUGGGAUGGUUUGCAUUUGACUGAAGCUGCCUACAGAUGGAUUGCUCAAGGAAUACUUCAAGGACCCUUUUCUGUUCCCCCGCUCAAUGGUCUUUCCUGCACCACCACAUCUGAUGAGAAGCUUGUACAGCAAAAUUAAUUAGGUUUGAUUUUGUCAUCUGCGUAACCGUAUGUGUAUAUGUUCUUUACUACAAAUUAAGCCUGGUAUACUUGAAAUUACACUACGAGAAUUUGUAGUAAUAUAUGCGUUAGUGGAGAUAUGAAUUAAAAUAUAUUGAACCCUCUACUAGUACAUCUAGUUAUUGUAAGUUUUUAGUAAUCGUUAGAUGGAUAGAUAGAAACUAUCGAAGUUCAAGUCAUAAGAUUAAUCAACAGUGAACGAUAUUAAUAACGAUAGCGUUAAGAUACUAAUAACGAUAAGUUGAGUAGAGGAUUUGCAAAGUUGAAUGAUAUAAUAAAAUUAGGCCUGCGAACUAUCUGUUUCACCAGGCUUCUUUUAUUUGAUUAUGUAAAUUUUAUUGCAUUGGGUCGGGACAAAUACAUCUGUUGUUGCUGCAAUACCCUGCUCCGUAGUAUUUAUCACAUAAAAUGCUGCAGUCAUCGUCAUUGCGACACAAGCGAUUUCCAAUCUGGUCCUGGCCCACAAUUGUUUCACCAUAAUAGCGAGCUUCCCAGUCAUUUGAAGCCAUGGGUUCCAGUGCAAAAUCUUCAGGCCCAGCCCAGAUUCCAAAUGCCCCACCCCUUCCACCUGCGACCAUGGGCUCACCAUCAGCCUCGUCACUGGCUGCUCCGGUCAGGGAAACGCAAACUGUAAUGGCUAAGGUGAAGAAAAACCAGAAUGCCCAUUUGGUUGAUGCUGCCAUUCUUUCUUUAGCUCUUUUCUUUUUGUUUUUUCUUUUGAAUCAGUAAAUUGGUUCUUUUUGAUAGCUCGUGCUUUGAAUCAUACGACGAAGAGGCUUAGUUAUAGUAGUUAGUAGUUAGUAGUUACAGUACUAAACCGAAACUUACUUUGUUUUUGAAAUGCAAUUGUCAUGCUUUAGUUUGUUAGACAGUUAGAGUAAUUUCAUCAAACCCAAUUAAUAUCACACCGCUCUAAUGAUCUUCUUUUCUGUAAUUUGUUCCAACU